UUUGUGCUGAAUUUGGGGGUUUUUGGUAGUAGCUUUAGGGUUGAGCCGCCUAUGGUUGAAAUAUCUGGUGAAGUGUGAUUACUGAUUUAGGAAUUUAGGGUUUUUGAUCCGUAUGUGAUGGAUAUUAUCUGAAUUUUAAGCUGUUGACAUCAAAUCCAUGGUUAUAGUUAAUCUGUUUAAAAUGUCUGCAUAUGAUAAUGUGGUUGGCGGGAAGUUGAAACUAAAGGGAAAGGCAUUGGAUGUAAAAGCCGCUGGAAUAAAGAAAAAGAAAAAGAAGGAAAAGAAGGAUUAUGAUCAAAUCUCCCAGGUUACAGAAAACGAGCUUUCGAUUGAUGGGGGUAGUGGAUCCAUAGAUAAUUCCACCAAGGAAGAGACCACAGAUGCAACUAAAUCUGUUGGUGAAGAAAAUGCCGGUCGCUGGGAUGAUAAUCUAACCCCUGCAGAGAGGCGCUACAUAGAACAGAGAGAGAGGAUCGACAUGCAUAAGAUGGCCAAGACUGCUAAUAAAUCACAUCGUGACCGAAUUGAAGAUUUCAAUCAGUACUUGGCAAACAUGAGUGAGCACUAUGACAUUCCCAAAGUUGGCCCUGGCUAAUUAAGAACAAAUCAGAAAUUUGCUGCUGGAUCUCCAUGUCUCCUUUACAGUUGUUUCGCGUUAGCAUCUGUACUAGCUACUAUUUUGCAUGUAUUCUGUAAUUUAGAAGUUCCCUUGGUUCGAUGGUGAUCAUCUUCCUUCUGAGGCUGAACCUAGCAAUGAUGUUCUAAUGGAUGUAAAUUUUCAGAUUGUAUGUGCUUAAAUUGAAAGGUUUAUACCAAUUUCGAUCAAGUGAGACAUUUCAAAAGGUGGAGAUUUUGCUCAAAUGCCCAUCUUUGUUUACUUUA